AUGCAAUGCACUCGCCAACGGUUGAACGGGUCAAGCCGAUCCUACCCUAUCUUCAAUAAGCUAAGUACAAACUCUACCAAGAACCAAAAAAAUUUCCACAAUUUCAUAAUUGAAUUCGUGGCCACUACUGAUGAACACUUCGACUCGGCCUUGUCCUCCAUCGCUGCUUUAUUUAACUCAAGUUCUACCACCAAAUCAGACCCGUCGCUGUGCGUAAUUUGGUCGAGUAGCAAGCCAGAACUCGGAGUCAUGGCAAGGAGAGUUCUGAGGGCCCAAGCCAAAGUCCCAAGUUAG